GCGUCAGGACCGGGUGCCUGCUUACAAUUAGGAGCUGGGAAGAUUGGGGUGGCCCCGUUCUUGUCUCGCAGUUCCUUGCCAUGGCUGCUGCUUUACUGGGCUGACCCCCCAGUGUUGUGCAGGAGACAGGGCUGGUGAGCAAAGCUCCUGCUCUCUUGGUCCAUAGAUCAGCACUGUGGUGCCCAACCCAGCACAUGGUGUGUGCUAUGUCCCCAUGGGGGGCAGGACACUUUCUGGCCCCAUGCACCUCAUUCCCUGUGCCAGCUGCAGCCGCAGCACUCCCCCACACAGCCAGGGCAGGAAGAGGUGGCAGGGCUGCAGCAGGAUAAGGCAUGACACUGCCCACCCUCCUGCUGUAUCACCCUCAACUUGUAUUUUCCCUGCUGGGCCUUCACUGCCCAGAUCUAUGGAUGCUCCUAUGCCAUGCUGGAGGCUAGACAAAGCCUGGGCUCCUGGUGUCCCUGUCCUGCAGCCCCUGCAUUGGGCCCCACAUUCUUGGCUCCCCAGAGGGAGCAGCAGGUUUAUGUUUGCCAAGUUCUGCCUGGUUAAACCUUAACCAAGCUGGGUUGCUCCAUCGGUCCCUCCCAGCCGGAGAUAAGGAUGGGCAGGCAAGACCAGGGCCUGGUGGGACGUACUGCCCCGAACCUGGCUGCUUGCCUCCAGGGCAGGACCCAGCCCCUGCAGAGCACCCUGCCCGGUCUGGGGGCAGCUGCCUGCCCCUCCAGCUUGCCCCCUGCCUUCCUCAACGAGUCCCCACUGAUACAAGGGCAGCAGGUUGUGGCUGGGGCUGGAAGCUACCAUGUUGAAGCCAGUGGGACUGGAUGGAGCUGGAAGCCCUUGUGCUGGGGCUCACCCAUUGCUCCAGGGCUGACCCACUCCCUCAGUGCCAGAAGGUUCACAUCACCCCAGCACAUGGAAUGAGCCUGCUCAGCCUCAGAUCCUAUGCACAUACACAGUACAGUGAGCUGGGGCUUCUGUGCCCCAAACAAGAGCCGUUCAGGGGAGGCCAAGAGAAACUUCCAGGAGGAAAGAGCCCCCCAGGCUCCGGCCCCCACAGGAGCCACCGUGCUGCGCGGGCUCUGGCUGGCCGCAGGUGCCACCACAGCGGGAGUGGCGGCAAGUGCUGGGGCCAGGCACAAGGGGCGGCUGUGUUCCCGCAGCUCCGGCUGCCUUCCAAGAGCAAUAUUGUUGGCACCAGGCAGGCUCCCUGCACCGGCAGCACAUACAUGGGCCUUUCAUGAGGAGAGUGGGGAUGAUUUACUGCCUGGGGGAAGGGGCAGGGGCGGGAGGAUGGAGCCCCAGCAUGCCGGCGCCCGGCCCCUUGUGCGUGCUCACUGCCGCGGGGCCCCGCACACGUGAGCAAGGCCAAGGGUCUGGCCAGGGGGUCGUCGCUCCCAGUGGGACACGGGGCAAGAGGGAUCCCUCUGCACCAUCUGUGGAGUUCUGAGAACACGCUGAAAUCUCUGGGCACCCCGCUGUGUCUGAGCUAAGUAACCACGGCUCACACAUCGCUUGUGCCACAGUGAUGGGGGCAGCCCAUGAGCUGGGGGAGAUGGGGGCACCAGAGGAGGGUGCUGGGGCAGGGAGCACCCACAGCACCGAGUGCUGUGCUGGCACAAUCCCCCCUUGUUGAGCUGCUGCUGUGGCAGAGGCCGCUGUGGUGCUGCCGGCAGCGGGUGGCAGGCGGCGGGGCUGGGCUGCUGUGAAGGGCUUUUUGUUUGCCAUCAGUUGCUGUUAUAAAUCAAGCCAGGCAGCCCAACCCCAGCAGCCCAGCCCCAGCACUGCCCCACAGCAGGGAGGUGACCAGUUCCCAGCCGCCUACAGCAGAGCCCCACCAAGCCCUGGCCUGUGCUGGCAUUGUCCUGGCCCAAUGGGGAUGUUCAGUGUGACGCUGGGCAACGUGCCCACACUGGUCUGCUUGCCCUUCUUCCACUCAGCACUGGGGAACCCUGGGAUACAGGGAAUCUUUCCAUGUUCAUCCCAGGCUGCGGCUCCCACAGGCUCCCUGGAGUUCCAGCUCUCCCUGGUGUUCCCAGUACUGGGAACGUCCCUUUCUUUCUGGUUUUAAUUUGGUUUUGGUUCGAAUUGAGCUGAACCCAACAUUUUUCUGUGCUUCCGGCACGCUGUGAACUCUGCAGGGGCGGCCGCUGCUCCGUGAAAUUGAUGUUCUCGUCCGCUUCACGCGUCAGCAGGAAUGAACAGCUGCUGGGGGCUGCUGGCCCCCGGGACUGCUCUGUGCACCUCUGCACCCCAAGGGGACACCAGUACUCCAGAUGGGGAGCAGCACAGGGUGGAUGGUGCUAUGGGAGACUGUAGCACCUACCAGACCUCAGUGAAACCAUGUCAUGCUGGAUGGUUUGGCACAGUGGAGCAGCAUGGACAAGGCUGUGCUCAGGACUCACCGUGUGGCCCUAUGAAAUGAGGGGUGACAGUGACAGUGUACCCCACUCAUAGGGCCUGAAGAUCCAUACCAGGCAUGGGCAAGACUGUGUGUGGGGCUCAGCACAGCCCUGAAAGAGCUUGCUGGAAAGCAGCUGGCAAAGCAGAUGGGGAUACAGGAAAGGAGAGAAGCUCUAGGGCCAGAUCCUGGCCAUGUACUGAGGGACACUGACCCCUCUUGAUGGCAGCAGGAUGCUCAGGGGACAUUGUUCCUUGGGAUCACACCAACUCAGAGUGUCUGAGGACAGGCUUCCCCCAGUGCCCAGGGGUCUUGCAUGGGCCAACGAGCAGCAAGGCCCGGGCAUGGUGGGGUCUGCCUGCCCCAGUGCAGGCAACAGCAUAGGGAAGGUGAGGGCGAAGUGUUUAUGGGCUGGAUUAGGCCACUCCAACGCUGGCUCGCACCUUAGCCACGUUUUAUGGCACUCCGUUAUGGGCUCCUAAUGAGGGUCACAGCCACUUUAUGGCACUGACAGCGAUAAGCUACGAACUAAUUAUGGCACAAUUAGCGUGUGGGCUGCUGGGCACCCAGCAACGCUCAGCGCCCAGCCUGGGCCACGACCUGCUUGGGGCUGGAGUGCUCCCACUCCCAGCUAUCGGAGGGAAACGGGGGUGGCCUUGCCCCCUGUCCCAUCUGCUGCUCCCCACGCGUGGGGUCUGCCUGGAGGACAGCACAGGAGAGCAGCCCCGGGUGUUUUGCAGCCCCCUGCGCUCCUCACCCGCGAAGGGAGGCUGCACCGGCGGAGCCGGGAUGGAGGGGCCGGGGGCCGCCUGUCGCUGCUGGGGGGGAAAGGCCGGUGCUCCCCCCCACUUCCCCCGUGCAGCUCGGCGGCAGGUCGGUUUGCAGAGAUGCCGGAGAAGCGGGGCCGGUCCCCGUUCCCCCCUCCCGCCUCCCCAGCGCUCCGGGCGGGGCCGCUGUAACCCGAGCGCGUCCCUACAAAGUGCCCGCGCCCCCGAGGCGGCGGCAGAGCGGGGCCGGAGCCAGCCCGGAGCGAGCCCCAGCCCUGCCCGCAGCCGGAGCCGUCCCGAGCCCGCAGCCGGAGCCGUCCCCGGCCCUGCCGCCAUGGGGCCACGGUGUGGGGCCCGGCGGCGCUGAGCCCGCUGUCCCCGGACUUUGCCCCGGCCCGCAGCGCAGGCGGCUCCGCCGCAGGAGCCCGUCACCGCCGGGUGCGACCCCCGCCUGGGGGGGCCUGGAAGAUGCGGCCCCUCUUGCAGGUCGUGGCGGGGCUGCUGCUGGCGGCGGCUGCCCGGGGCAGGGCGAUGGAGCCAGAGCUAUUUGAGAGACCCUUGCUGGAGUCAGAAGACGAACAUCUCCUACUGGACCCAGGCAACACAUUGAAGCUGUACUGUGACGCCAACCAGAGUGGUGCCAGUGUGGUCUGGUACAAGGAGUCCCGGCCACUCGUCUCGGGGGGUCGCAUCCAUCUCCGUCAGAGCCUGCUGGAGAUCUCAGAGGUCUCCUACGAGGACUCGGGGCUCUACGUGUGCCGGGCACGGGGAACUGGAGAGGUCCUGCGCAACUUCACCAUCUCUGUCGUCGACUCCCUGGCGUCAGGUGAUGAUGAUGAAGAUAGUGAUGGGGACAGUCCCCACAGAGACCGAAAUGAGGAGUCAGUCUAUGUGCACAGAGCUCCUUACUGGACUCACCCACACCGGAUGGACAAGAAGCUGUAUGCAGUCCCUGCGGGGAACACGGUGAAGUUCCGCUGCCCGGCCUCAGGCAGCCCCAGCCCCAGCAUCCGCUGGUUCAAGAACGGGCGCGAGUUCCGAGGGGAGCACCGCAUCGGGGGCAUCCGGCUCCGGCACCAGCACUGGAGCCUGGUGAUGGAGAGCGUGGUGCCCUCUGACCGUGGCAACUACACUUGCCUGGUGGAAAACAGGUUUGGCAGCAUCCGCUACAGCUACCUCCUGGACGUGCUGGAGAGGUCCCCGCACAGGCCCAUCUUGCAGGCUGGGCUGCCCGCCAACACCACAGCCCUGGUGGGCAGCGAUGUGGAGUUCUUCUGCAAGGUCUACAGUGAUGCCCAGCCCCACAUCCAGUGGCUGAAGCACAUUGAAGUGAAUGGCAGCAACUACGGCCCCGACGGGGUUCCCUAUGUGCAAGUGCUCAAGACUGCAGAUAUCAACAGCUCUGAGGUGGAGGUGCUGUACCUGCGCAAUGUGUCCAUGGAGGAUGCUGGCGAGUACACCUGCCUGGCAGGGAACUCUAUUGGCCUCUCCUACCAGUCUGCCUGGCUCACCGUCCUGCCAGAAGAGGAGCUGGUGCGGGAAGCUGAGGCCCCAGAGACCAAGUACACAGACAUCAUCAUCUACACCUCGGGCUCACUGGCCGUGGCCAUGGCCAUUAUUAUCGUGGUGCUGUGCCGGAUGCAGACUCAGUCGAGCAAGCAGCACCUGGAGCCUAUGGCAGUCCACAAACUCUCCAAAUUCCCACUCAUCCGACAGUUCUCCCUGGAUUCCAGCUCCUCCGGGAAGUCCAGCACAUCCCUGAUGCGGGUCACCCGUCUCUCCUCCAGCUGUGCCCCAAUGCUGGCUGGUGUCAUGGAGCUGGACCUGCCCCUUGACGCCAAGUGGGAGUUCCCCCGGGACAAGCUGGUGCUGGGGAAGCCCCUGGGGGAAGGCUGCUUUGGCCAGGUGGUGCGGGCAGAGGCUUACGGCAUAGACAGAGACCGGCCAGACAGAGCCGUCACCGUGGCUGUCAAAAUGCUGAAAGACAACGCCACCGACAAGGACCUGGCUGACCUCAUAUCCGAGAUGGAGAUGAUGAAGCUCAUGGACAAACACAAGAACAUAAUCAACCUCCUGGGAGUCUGCACACAGGAUGGACCACUGUACGUGAUUGUGGAGUUUGCUGCAAAGGGCAACCUGCGCGAGUACCUCCGUGCCCGCCGCCCCCCGACACCUGACUACGCUUUUGAUGUCAUGGCAAUGCCUGAGGAGCAGCUCUCUUUCAAGGAUCUGGUCUCCUGCGUCUACCAAGUGGCCCGUGGCAUGGAGUACCUGGAGUCCAAACGGUGCAUCCACCGGGACCUGGCUGCCCGCAACGUGCUGGUGACAGCCGAGAGCGUGAUGAAAAUCGCUGACUUCGGCCUGGCCAGGGACGUUCACGACAUCGACUACUACAAGAAAACCAGCAACGGUCGCCUGCCAGUGAAGUGGAUGGCCCCUGAAGCCCUGUUUGACCGUGUCUACACCCACCAGAGCGAUGUGUGGUCCUUUGGGAUCCUGAUGUGGGAGAUCUUCACGCUGGGGGGUUCCCCAUACCCUGGCAUCCCUGUGGAGGAGCUGUUCAAGCUGCUGAAGGAGGGGCACCGCAUGGACCGGCCAUCCAACUGCACCCACGAGCUGUACAUGCUGAUGAGGGAGUGCUGGCAUGCUGUGCCCUCCCAGCGCCCCACCUUCAAGCAGCUCGUGGAGGGGCUGGACAAGAUCCUGGCAGCUGUUUCAGAGGAGUACCUGGACCUCUCCAUGCCCUUCGAGCAGUACUCGCCCUCCUGCGAGGACACUGCCAGCUCCUGCUCCUCUGAUGACUCCGUCUUCACCCACGACCCACUGCCGCUGGCUCCUCACCUCUUCUCCUACCCCAGCGUGAGGACUUAAGGGAGGGCAGGGAAGGGUGAUGCUGAAGCCACCUCUGCCCUUGCAGGGAGGGGGUCCAGGUUCCCAAAGGUCCCUGCUUUGUCUGGGCUGAGCAGUGGGUGGGCAGGGCCCUGAGCCACAGCACCAGGGCAGGGUGUCCCUCUCCCUGGGUUCCUUUUGGGCACUGAGCCAUCAGCCCUGGCUGAGAUCUGCCUGGUAUUGUGGGGCAGCAGGAGCUAGAGCCUCUCCAUGUGGGCACUGCCUGGGAUGCCCAUGGCAUUGCCCAGGGAGAUGGGCUAUGGCCAGCGCUUCAGUGGAAGUGUCUCUGGGCAGGAGCCCCACCGCUGCCAGGCUCCUGCUGCAUCUGUACAUAGCCACAGAGAUGAAUAUUUAUGUACAUGAAAUUUCAACCUGAUAAAUUAUUUUUUUUGAAUACACCCCGGUGCAGUUUCUGGGCUGCUCCUGGAGCACAAAUAGCUCACCUAAGCUUGGAGGGCAGGUCAGGGUUUGCCUCCUCACUGCCUCCUUGCCCCAGCCAGUUCAGGGCCUGCAAUCACUCCUGGGGGACACAGAGACAGUGCCACAGGUGCAGGAAGUGAUGUCCCCACUCCUGUGCCUCCAGGCCUGCUCCAGCACAAAGCACCCUUGCAUCUGUUCCCCAUUAGCCACUGCUGCACUAAGCCACCGUGAACUCCGCUACCAGCACUACCCUGAAACUGAUCCCCCAACUGCCACGGGCUCCCAGGCUGGGAAAGUGCUCUGGGGCCCAGCCCCACGCACCGGGGACCCCCCGCACCCUCCUGCCCCGGCCGGCCCAGCACUCCAGAUAAAAGUGAGUUAUGGGCUCUGUCUCCCCAAAGCCCGUGGGAGCACAAGUUGGGGGUCUGCAGCCCCUGCUCUCUGAUGCCUGCUUUGCCCCCCCUUGCCCUGUGUGCCCAGCAAUGACGGCAGCGUGGGCAAGGAGGGCUGCAGCUGUCUCAGCCCCUCCUGCCAGCCUGCUCCCUGGGUCUAGGGUUUCAUCUAGGGCCAGGCUUUGCCGGCCGUUAGUCCCAGGAUCUGGUUUCCUCCUUCAGCUCCCAGCUGCACUCACAGCCCCCCGCCUGGAAGCUGCCUCUUCCAGCAUGGAAGCUGGCUCUGGCACAGCCUGCCCCAAAACAGCCCAAGGUGAUGGGGGCUGGCAGGUGCUGUGGGGCAGGACCUGGGCCCAG